AUUGAAGGUGUCUUCGUCUUGUUCGAUUUUUACGAUGUACCGAGCAGCACGAUGGAUUUGGCGAAAGAAUGCUGCAUUCAACACACUUUCAUACACCUCAUCAAACAGCACAACAUAACAGUGGCCAUAGUUCAUUUUUGCAGCUAAUUCCAGCAACAACAUCUCUAGAUGUAGAUCCGUGCUGUACUCCUCAUGCUGAAUAAAUUGUGAUGAUUUUCUAUCAUUUCCUUGAGUUGCACUAUUUAGCUGUUUGUUUGCACACUGUUUAACACCAAGUAUCAGCGCAACAACAGUUAGGAUCCAAACCAAGCGACUUGUUUUGCACAUGUUAGUAGAACGGAAUGUGAUUUUAAACUAAAUAGGACAAAUGUACGUUACGGAAACAGUGUGGAAUCUUCUGAUUAGAUAUGUAAAUUGAUUUUAAAUAUUUACAUUUGUUUUUGGGGAGGCCGGUGAGAGGAGGACGAGGGUAUUCAAAACCUUGAAAGUACGAACUUUCAAACAUUAAACAUGGAAUCCACAUUUGGGUUCAAUGAUCUAUUCUCGAAUGCAAAUGGUGUGCAAGAAGCUGUCGAUAGAGAUGUGUCUUAAUUAACAGAACAUUUUGUCUUAAUUCAGUGUGUAAGCGCUGGAUAAAUAUGUCGAAAUUGUAAUUCUUGUUUCUUGUUCAGUUAAAUGAAAAGUAAUCAAAGGAACCUUCGCUGGCCAGGCAUGUAAAAUAUAUGCAUAAUCAUAAAGAAUAUUAACUUCUCCAAAAGACCCGGUUGCCUUUUGAAUGAACGCUUCAGCUGCAACAAAGUCAGACGGUGUUCUAUUCCAAUCUGGGCUGUAGCCUAGUACCAAAACACCGUCUUACCCCUGUGGAGGCUAUAUACAGUUACUGGCUAAAUGACACCGCAUAGGUCUUUACGGGGUAACAUGAAAAACGUUUCCUCAAAACCGGAAUCUGAAUAUUUUUAAAAUUGUGUAAUUUUUGUAUGCAAUCCAGUCAACGAAUCAUUUGUUUCGUGAUCACAAGCGUAAACUCUCAAUUCGAAGAAAUAAACGCAAUGUGGAGAAAAAAAAACAAAAUAUGUUAACAGGAAACGUCAACAUAACUUGUUUGGAGAAGUGUGGUAUGCGAUUUUCUAAGGAGAUUCAUUGUGUUCAAAGUUAGCGAAAACGAAACAUUUGUAGUGCUGUAAUUAUACACUUUGUGCAAGCUUUCUUUUUAACUACUGACGGCAAAGUACGGCGGUGCCAUCUGAAACCUAAAAGAAGGGAUGCUAUACACUCGCCUGAAUAAUGCAGCUGCACUAGUCAAUCGUGAAAUGCCACGUAAUGUUGCCGGCGAUUGAGAUAAUUUUAGCGUGUUUAGCAAACCAAUUCGGCUGCCGUGAGCUACUGGAGUAGCCCGUACAAAAACAAGCCUUUGGCCAAAAUACAUGGUAGCGGAUAACGCAACGGUAAAUGUCACUCACUAUGCACUUAUUUGUUAGAUCGAAUUAAUCCACACUGGGUAAGCCGUCGUAGUCCAACGUCCGUGCAUCCAUAAACAAUGUUCAAGCAUCGGCUCGGUAGAAUCAGGAUAUUCAGCAUAUUGGCAUUAUUAUUUUACGCUGUUAAAGCGUCGACGGGGAGUGCACACAAUGUAAUCUAUGCGAUCAAUGCUGGCGGCGAAGAAGUUACUGAUUCGAACGGAAUACACUAUUCUCGUGAUCCGUUGAAGGGGAAGGUUGGAACAGAGUCGGACUACGGAAGACAGCUACUAUCAAUCAAUAGAGUCAGCAAGCAGGACGAAAUUCUGUACCAAACUGAGCGCUAUCAUCACGAUACCUUCGCUUACGACUUGCCUGUCUCGGGUGAUGGUCAGUACGUGCUCAUACUUAAAUUCUGCGAAGUGUAUUUCAAUGGCCCAAAUAUGAAGGUGUUCGAUGUGCUUCUGGAUCAUCAUCUAAUCAUAUCGGACUUGGAUAUAUAUUCGCUGGUGGGCAAGGGUACAGCGCACGACGAGCUUGUCUUCUUUUCCGUAUCUCGGGGCCGAUUGUAUUUGAAAGACAAACAGUCGGAAAUCCGGGGAAGUAAACUAAAGCUGGAGUUCGUGAAGGGUUACAAAGACAACCCGAAGAUUAAUGCAAUUCUACUGAUUAAGGAUUACGAUGCAUCCCUUUUACCCCGUUUGCCGCCUCUGGCGAAUCAACAUCAAACAGCAGGAGCUACAAAUAUGGACAAUAGCAUCGAGCAACUCCAUCCUCAUUCAGAUUUUCUAUCUGACGAUGAUGGUCAUAUAUUGGAAGGAGGGGAGGAUAACAUAAUGGACGACUUUUUUAGCACAUCCUCAGAAGAUACAGCAAAAACCUCGUCAAAGCAGCGAAAAACAAGCGGACCAAAGCAACCGAAUCCGUAUUCGCUGGACGAUUCGUCCAUAAUGUUACCUGUGUUCAUUGCAAUUGGUGCUUUUAUACCUUUGUUGUUUUGCUUGUGUAGGCUGUGAUUUGUUAGGUUGUAAAUGGGGACAGACUUUUGUUCCCACGUUUCUUUAAAGUUUCUGUGUGGUAUUUUAGUUUAUUUUAUUUUUUCGGUUCCUCAACCUUGGUACUUACUGCAAUACGUUAGGCAAAGCAGUUGAAUAGCUUUAAAAGGGUAAAUUAAACGUUUAGUUAUUAACAAAUUUCGUGCGGUUUAGGGGGAUUGUUUAAAAGAUCGUAAAUUGUCAUGCAAAGCGCAUGUAAGGUUCACUAUUAUAGCACAAACUUAAUUAAAAACACUCUCAAAUACAUUAAAAAUACA